UUUAAUUCUUAGGAAUCGUUGUCAGUUAACUUUCAUACUUUUUACUUUGAUUUUAUUGUAGAAUAAUUUCUCAACAACACUGUUUAGUGCCGGCCUUUAAACGAAUGUGAUUCUAGACUAGUUGUUAAUUUAGUUAUCUUUGUUGAACAUUUUAGAAAUUUACAAACCGCGAUGGCUGAUUUAUUGUCCGUUCCUCUUAAGAAACCCAGUGAUGUAGACAUCAUAACUCCUUUAAAGAAUUUAAUUCAGUCCCGGUACAGCACUGCAGAUAAGCCUGAAGAUUGUUCAGAAGCUAUAAAUGAGUUUUCCAAGCAAAGAAAUAACGCUAUCUGGAAGGCCUUUGAAAAAUACGAGAGCUCAUUGGAAAUUAUUUAUGGAUACUAUGAUCAAAUAGUGGCUUUAGAAGGGAAAAUUCCCCCACAGGAGUUACAAGUGCCCUUCAAAUGGAAAGAUGCUUUUGACAAAGGAAAUCUUUUUGGAACCAGGAUGAGUUUAACUAUUUCUUCCUUGAGUUUCGAGAAGGUAUGUGUCCUUUUCAAUAUAGCUGCUUUGCAGAGUAGCGUGGCUGCUGCCCAGAGUGUCGAGAGUGAUGAAGGACUCAAAUUGGCAGCUAAAUUGUUGCAGCAAGCCUCUGGAAUCUUCAACUAUUUGAAAUCAACAGUGAUGCUUGCCCUUCAACAGGAUCCUACUCCAGAUCUAAAUCCAGACACUCUUGGUGCCCUCUCUCAACUGAUGUUGGCCCAAGCUCAACAGAUCUUCGUACAUAAAGCCAUACAUGAUAACAUGAAAGACGUAAUUGUCGCCAAACUAGCUUCGCAGUGUGAAGAUCUAUAUGCAGAAUGCCUUAAAAUAUUUCAAAGAGAUAACCUCAAACACAUUUGGGAUAAGGAUUGGAUUCCAACAAUUGCUGGUAAACAAGCAGCACUUGGAGCUGUAGCUGAGUUCUAUCAGAGUCUAGUGUGCAAGGCCAAUAAAACCAUAGGACAAGAAAUAUCCAGGUUGAGGAGAUCUAAUGAACUCUUCAAGGCUGCACAAUCCAGAUCUGGCAGGUCGUUCUUCAAUGAAGUAGCUUCUAGGGUAGAAAGAAACCUCAACGAAGCUAUAAAAGAUAACGACUUCAUUUACCACGAGAUUAUUCCAGACAUUAAAAGUGUUGAACCAAUCGGUAAAGCUCAACCCGCCAAAGUGCUACAAGUAGCCCAUCCAAUGAGCCAAAAUUUCAACGACUUGUUCACUGAGUUAGUACCCGUGGCAGUCCAUCAGGCUCUAGCUUCUUAUGACAUCAGAAAAACCGAAAUAGUCAAUACUGAGAUCACUAAAUUAAGAGAAUCGUCUCAGUUGUUGAACGGUCUUUUAGCCAGUUUGAAUUUACCUGCUGCUAUCGAGGUUACCGGUAGUGGAGAUGAGGUACCUCCGUCCAUUUUGGAAAAAUCCAACUCCAUUAUUUCUUUAGGAGGCCUAGGUGAGCUAGAACGCAUGGUCACAGAGCUACCAGAACUGUUGAAGAGAAACCAAGACAUUUUAGAUGAAACAGACAGAAUGUUAAAUGAAGAAAAGUCGUCGGACGAUGCGCUUAGAUCCCAAUUCAAGGAAAAAUGGACUAGAACUCCAUCUGAUAAUCUUACCGAAAUGUUUAAGUCCAAUUCUGCAAAAUAUAGACAGAUAAUCAAUAAUGCUGUUCAAGCCGAUAAGACUGUGAGAGAAAAGUUUGAUACCCACAAACAAGGUAUGGAACUAUUGAGUAAUGGCCCAGGAGCAAUACACAGUGCACUGCCCAGUGGAAACGGUGGAAGCGUUGGAAAUUCCUCUGCCGUUGAAACUUUGAGGGGAUUAAUGGAAGAGGUGGACACAAUUAAGGCCGAAAGAGAAGCCAUUGAGGCUGAGCUGAAGAGUCCCACGACCGAUAUGAAAGAUGCUUUCCUCGGUGCUCUAGCCAAAGAAGGCGUCAUCAAUGAGGCAGCUAUUUCUUUCGAGAACCUAGGCAAGAUCUACGGUCCUCUACAAAAACAAGUCGCCGAAAGUAUCGAGAAACAAGGAUCUUUGGUCCAAAGAAUACAACAAGCUCAUUCCCAAUUCGUGUCUGAGAGGGGUUCUACUGCUGGCGGAAGAGAACAGAUGAUGUGUUCUUUGGCCUCUGCUCACGACGCUUUUAAGGAUUUAUUGAACAACUUACAAGAAGGCACCAAAUUCUACAAUGACCUGACACAGAUGUUGGUAACUUUCCAAAAUAAAGUAUCAGACUUCUGCUUCGCCAGAAAAACAGAAAAAGAAGAACUACUGAAAGAUUUGACUCAAGAAACCAGCAGAGGAACCCCCAUACAGCCUUCUACGCCAAGCUAUCACACAGAACCACCGAAGGCUCCCGAACCAUCUCCAGCUGCACCACCACAGCAGUCUCAAGCUUCGGGAUAUCUACCGUAUCCAGUGCAAGGACAGGGUAUGCCGGUACCAUACGGAGCUACACCUAACGCUCCUUAUCCUACGUAUGUGCCUCCGCCAAUGCCUCAAGGCUACAAUCCAUAUGGAACCAUGCCUUAUCCAUCUUCAUAUCAAUUCCCACAAGGUCCACCAGGCAGUUACCAGAACAUCCAACAGGCUGCUCAAGCGCCAUUCCCUCAACAACAGUUUGGCCAACAACCCGGAUAUGGUCAACAACAAGGAACUUAUCCACCUGGAGCUUACCCUCCAGGAAGUUAUCCCACCUGGCGUUAAAUCCUGUGUUAAAUUUGGCCUCUAGUCCAGCAUAUAGCACUGCACAACGUGAAUAACAGAUCUUGUAUCAAUUAUAAAAAAAGAUAGACAUCGGUUAUAUUCAACAGAAAUGAUAAAUACUCGAUUUUUGGCUGCGCGUGUUUCGCAUUACAUUUUUGUACGGACACUGCCUUAAUUGUUGAAAAAGAAAUUUCUUUUGUAGUACUAGUAUUAGAAAUGUAACAGUGAUGGUUUAAAUAAUAUUUUUAGAGGUAUUCUGAUUCUAGAAAUGCAUUUAUAAGUUCAGUUUGUAUAUUUCUUUAUUCAUUUUCGGCUCGUUGGAUAUAACCGAGUUUUAUUUUUAAGGAAAAUGCUUAAACCCUGGCUUAUACAGUAAUUUUUCAAUGAAUUGGGGUUGAAAUUGUAUUCUAUUUAACAUUGUGGUAUCUUAUUGAUAUAUAUUUGAUUAUAUUCUUCAUUAUUCUAUUUUAAAAUCAUGUUUUUUAAUAAAUGAAUAUAGUUUAUGUCAUA